AUGUCUGUUGAGAACAAUAUCUAUGAAAAUGUGGCAGAAAUGUUCUUAGUACGUUAUAAAGAUUGGAUCAUUCAAAAGGUGAAAGAAACUGGUGAAAUAUCACGAUUCCAAAAUUUAGUAGCUCAUAAUGGGUUCUGUCAGGAAUUGGCAAGGCUCGGUAACAGAUUAACAAAGGUUUACGAUAAUCCAGAAUGGCAUUCGAUUGUGUUAGAAACAUUAGAUAUUGACCUUAUAUAUGGGAAUGUUGACAAGACAUUAUCUGAAAACGGAGGGAACGAUAAAGAGUAUACAGAUCUAUUAGUAAAAGAAUUGUUAAGAUACUUCAAACAAGAUUUCUUUAAAUGGGUGAAUCAACCAGAUUGUCAAAAUUGUGACUCUAGCAUUGAGACAAAUCAAACUGCAAUCGGCAUUCAAAGACCUACUGCUGAAGAAGCCCGCUAUGAAUGUGGAAAUGUAGAAGUAUAUAGAUGUAAUCAUUGUGGGGGGACUACAAGGUUUCCUAGGUAUAAUAAUCCUAUUAAACUUUUAGAAACUAGAAAAGGAAGAUGUGGUGAAUUUUGUAAUGUUUUCACAUUAAUACUGAAAUCGUUUGGUUUGGAAGCGAGAUACAUCUGGAAUAAAGAAGAUCAUGUGUGGUGUGAAUUUUACUCCACAAAUUUAGAUAGAUGGGUUCAUGUUGAUCCUAGCGAACAAUCAUUUGAUCAGCCAUAUAUUUACUCUAUUAAUUGGAAUAAAAAAAUGAGUUAUUGCAUAGCAUUCAAUAAAGAUGGUGUAACGGAUGUCUCAAGAAGGUACAUUAUUAAAAAUGCAUUAGAAAGAAAGGAAUGCAACGAAGGAAAUUUGUCAUUUUUCUGUGAUUUUUAUACUAAAUCUUUAAGGAAAUCUUUAACAAAUGAUGAGAUAUAUAGCUUGGAGAUGAGAGACGAAAGAGAGAGAUUGCAAUUCCUUAAACCUGAAACUGUAACAGAUGAUACAAAGACUACUAAGACAGAGCAAGUUGGCAGAAUUAGUGGAUCCACAGAAUGGAAGAAAAGCAGAGGUGAAGGUGGUAACUAG